UAAUUACAUUAAAAGUAGUAACAUUUUUACUUUGCUUUGGAAUUUCAAAAUCUUUUUCUCUCUCACUCAAAAUCAGAAGGCAUCAUGGCAGCCAAAGCAAAAGAAAGGGGUUGGCUUAGAAUAAAGAAUGGGAGAAAAGGAAAGAAGCACGUUGCCAACCCCAUCUUAGUAGAUUCACACACUUCAGAAGCAAAAGCCUCUUCUUCUUCACUCUCUACACAAAUGAAAAUACUUUGCUCUCUUCCUCCAACUCUCUCAUACUUUCAGUUUUCUUUGUUCAUGCAAGAUCCAAAGAACAAUUCAAACAGAAGUUGCAGGAAGCCAUGGUACCAAAGAGCAAUUGAGGUGACUAACCUAUGGAAAAGUGUAUCAAAAUCUACAGAAAUUCCAACACCUAAUUCAACUUUAUGGAAGAGAUCAUCAAUGCCAAAAUCCCCUCACGUACCUACUACACCAAGUCCUAACAACAAGAACAAGCUAAGAAAAUGUGCCUCUCUAAAGGUUGCAUCAUCCUUCACAAGGGUUUGUCUUUGUGCACCAAUCUAUUCCUACAAUGAGAUUUUGAGAGCUGAGGUGCCACCUAGAAGAAGCAAUAGUUAUCCAAGAUCAAAGCCAUUGCAAAAUGAACAUGAAAGAACAAAUAGUGCUAGGCUUAGCACUGAGGGAAGGAGAGUAUUCAGGGGCAAAUCAUUGACUGAUGAUGUUCUAAUGAGGAGGUUUGUGAUUGAGGAAGAGGCAAUGAUGCAAAUUAGAAGAAGAAAUCAAAUGGAAGUUAUUAGGAAUAGGACUAUGAUGAGGAGAAAAAAGCUUGGGCCUAGUCCUCUUAGUAGAAUGGUUAUGGCAAAUGAUAUUGGACAAGUUUAAUUGAGUGGUCCAAUUUCUGUAGUUGUCCAGUCCAGUUGGGGAAUUUUUAUUCUCCAUCAACGUCUCACCUGUCCCUUUUCUUUUCUCUUUGGCCUUAAUUUCAUUCACUGAACUUUUUCACCUUGUGUGACAAGUUUCUACUACUGGGGUUGUCUUAUAAUUGCAACAAAUAUUUAGUUUUAUAUGACCCAAUUUUAAGUGGGUUUGAAUUAAUGAUAUUGCUAUGUAUAGCUCAGAUCAGAAUCACAACUUUCAUUUCA